CACCCCGCGCCCAUUCAGCGGGACUGUCGCGGCAUUUGAAACAUUUACAUCUGUAGCUGCAUUGAAAAGGCAACUUUUCAGCUUUUUUUCUCCGAGUCUUUGAGAGUGAAAAUGAUCGACACGAUCGAGAAGGAAGACCCGGUCAUCAGCGAGGAGGAAGCGGCACAGUACGACCGCCAGAUCCGGUUGUGGGGUCUAGAUGCCCAAAAGAGGUUGCGAGGGUCCAGAGUUCUGCUGGCAGGUUUAGGGGGUCUAGGGGCUGAAGUGGCCAAGAAUUUGAUUCUUGCUGGAGUUAAGGGACUCACUCUGCUGGAUCAUGAAAAGGUGUCUGAAGAGUCAUGUCGAGCUCAGUUCCUGGUUCCUGUGACGGCUCAGGGACAGAACCGAGCCCAGGCCUCUCUGGAGCGAGCACAGAAUCUCAAUCCCAUGGUGGAGGUCCAUGCAGACUCGGACAAAGUGGAAGACAAACCAGACGACUUCUUUCUGCAGUUUGAUGCAGUGUGUCUGACAGGCUGCUCCAGAGACCUCAUGGUGCGGGUCGACCAGCUCUGUUCUCAGCGCGACAUCAAGGUGUUCUGCGGGGACGUCUACGGUUACUAUGGUUACAUGUUCUGCAACCUUGGCCGUGAGCACAACUAUGUCGAGGAGAAACCUAAAGUCGUGAAGCCGAAGGGAAAUUCUAACGACGGUCCAGAGGCGAAGAAAGCCAAAAUCGACCCCAACGAGACGACCAUGUUGAAGAAGACAUCGAGUUAUUGCUCCCUGAAGGAGGCUCUGGAGGUGGACUGGACGAGUGAGAAGGCCAAAGCCGGUAUGAAGCGAACACCGGUGGACUACUUCCUGCUUCACGUUCUGCUGAAGUUUCGCACGGACAAAGGUCGUGACCCCGACCCACAGGCCUUUGCGGAGGACAGUCAGCUCCUGAAACAGAUCCGGGAUGAUGUCCUGGAGGCCUUGGCCGUUCGGGCUGACCUCUUGAGUGAUGAAUUUGUGAGCUUCUGCUUCUCUGAGAUGUCUCCGGUGUGUGCCGUGGUGGGAGGAGUUCUGGGACAGGAAGUUGUCAAGGCUCUGUCCCAAAGAGACCCUCCUCACAGGAACUUCUUCUUCUUCGAUGCUCGUAAAGGGAACGGCGUUGUGGAUUACUUCGGACCAAACUAAACCAGUUUCACACACACACACACACACAGAGACGGCAGACUUCUCUUUUUUUGUACCUGUAGUUUGCUGCGUCAGAUUAUUUAUGUCAGUUCCUUCUCCACAAAUCAUCAAAUACAUCUGUUUGUUUCUUUUUUGUUGUUGUUGGAUCUCAAGUACACCUUUGGAUUUUUUUUAUUACAUUUGCUAAUAAAACAUUGUUGAAUAAGAACCUUCUGAUGUUUCUGGA